AUGAGUUAUUUGCCUACGAAUUCUACUAUGCAUGGGUCUUGCGAGAUGCGUUUUAAUGGUGUCUUUGCGCUGACGAGUAAGGCAAUAGUGGGUAGAAGGGAGCUGGCCGUUGUGAAUAUGUCAAUUGUAGAAGAUGCUCAUAAUGCCACUCUUCGCGCUCCACAAUACUAUCGCUUGGAAGGUCCUGUAAUUGGUGGGUCUCGGCCAGGGGGUCCAGUUCUGUACGCCGACAAGGCUUUGACAGUUGAGCUCGACGGGUUGAGGCCGAGCUUCGGUACCUUGGCCAAUAGCAUUGCUGCUGCGAAAUCAUUGCUUCUUUGA